GAAGUCAUCAAGAAUAAGAAUUCUUUUCGUGGAUUUCUUGGCCUUCCCCUCUAUGAUGGUUUGCACACUUGCCAAAACAUUGCAUCGUAUGCAUUUUGUCUUGGGUUUGUUGCCGGAUGUGGAUGUGCCAUUGGAACAUUCACGGUCAUGUUUCGAGGAUUAGGAAUAUUUUUAGCUAGUCUGACUACAUUCCAUAUUAUGGAGUAUAUCACCACUGCCAUGUUUCAGCCAGAUACCAGUUUAAAAUCAUUCCUGCUCAACCAUAGCCCCGAGUAUCAUAUUGCGAUGGCAGGUGGCAUUAUCGAGUUUCUUGUUGAAACCUUUUUUUUCCCUUCGUUCAAGGUGUUUUCAUGGAUCAAUGGUUUAGGAUUUCUCGUUGUGAUUGCAUCACAAAUACUCAGAUCGGUGGCAAUGAUUACAGCGGGAUCGAAUUUCACUCACUAUAUUUCAGAAGACAAAAAGGAGGAUCACAUUCUCAUCACAACUGGGAUAUAUGCAUACCUUCGUCACCCAUCCUACACAGGCUUUUACUAUUGGUCGCUCGGACAACAGAUUCUUUUAGGAAAUCCUGCAUGCUUUGUUGCAUACAUGUUUUGUCUGUAUACCUUUUUCAACUCCAGAAUACGGUUUGAAGAAAGAAAGCUUGUCGAAUUUUUCGGUGAUGUAUACAAGGACUAUCGCAAAACUUCUUAUGUAUUGAUUCCAGGUAUACAUUAGCGGGUGUUUUUAAAUAAAGCCGAUUUAUGCUGU